AUGGUAACUAUCUGCAUAUUACAAGCAAAAAUGCAGUCUUUGACUUUAGCCAUAAAAGAGAUAGCUGAACUAGCAAUUAAGAAACCAACUUUACACAAAAAAUAUCAGCUUGGCUUUAACUAUCUGUCAUCUUUGGAUUCGAAUAAUGGGGCUAAUGCUAGAGAUGUUGAGAACCAAGCAGUGAAGACUCCAAGACAAGGUGGAUAUAGAGCCACAUAUUUCAUCUUUGCAAUGAUGUUGCUGGAUAACAUAGGCUUUGUGGCCAACAUGGUAAGCUUGGUUUUAUAUUUCAUGUUGGUCAUGCAUUUUGACUACUCUGGCUCUGCAACCACCACAACAAACUUGUUGGGAACUGCUUUCUUGCUUACCAUCGUUGGAGGGUUCAUCUCUGAUACCUAUAUGAAUCGCCUCAACACUUGCAUCCUCUUUGGCAUAAUUCAGUUGUUGGGAUACAUAUUACUUGUGAUUCAAUCCCACGACAAGAAACUUCAGCCUGAACCAUGUUUAAAACCAAGAUGUGUGCAUGGCACAAAGGCUUUGCUCUUCUACACUUCAAUAUACUUGCUGGCACUUGGUGGUGGUGGAAUCAGAGGCUGUGUACCUGCUCUUGGAGCUGAUCAAUUUGAUGAAAAGAAACCAAAAGAAAGAGUACAACUAGCCAGCUUCUUCAAUUGGUUUUUGUUUAGUAUUACAAUAGGGGCUAGCAUAGGAGUCACCUUUGUAGUUUAUGUGAGCUCAGAAUUCCAAUGGUACAAAGGUUUUAUCAUAUCUCUCUCAUGUUCUGCUGCUGGCCUUAUUUUCAUUGCCUCAGGAAAGAGAUUCUAUCGUACCCGAGUUCCAGGAGAGAGUCCAUUGUUGAGAGUUCUACAGGUGCUGCUGGUCACAGUAAAGAAUUGGAGGGUGAAAGUACCCAAGAAUUCUGAUGAGUUGUACGAAAUACAUGAGUCUAAUUUGAAGAAAAAACUCAUCCCUCACACUAACCAAUUCUGGGUUCUAGACAAAGCUGCUGUUUUACCUGAAGGCGCAGAAGCAAGGAAAUGGAAAGUGUGCACAGUGACACAAGUGGAAGAAGUGAAGAUUCUUACAAGGAUGAUGCCUAUUCUUCUAAGCACCAUCAUCAUGAAUACCUGUUUAGCCCAACUACAAACCUUCUCUAUCCAACAAGGAACCUUAAUGAACACAUACAUUGGAACUUUCAACAUCCCAGCUGCUUCAAUCCCAGUGAUCCCAUUGGUAUUCAUGACCCUUUUAAUCCCAGUUUAUGAAUUUGCUUUUGUUCCACUUGUGAGGAGAAUCACUGGCCACCCAAACGGAAUAACAGAACUACAAAGAGUUGGGGUUGGCCUUGUGCUAUCAGCAAUCUCAAUGGUCAUAGCAGGAGUUGUAGAGGUGAAAAGGAAGCAUGAAUUCAAUGAUCACCACCAUCACCAAAUUAGCCUCUUCUGGCUCUCUUUCCAUUAUGCAAUCUUUGGGGUUGCUGACAUGUUCACAUUAGUGGGAUUGUUAGAGUUUUUCUACAAAGAAGCUCCUGAAGACAUGCGUUCUCUUUCCACUUCUUUCUCUUUUCUUUCACUGUCCAUUGGGUACUACUUGAGCUCAGCUUUUGUUGAGCUCAUAAACUUAGUAACAAGUAAACUUGCCAAGAGCAAGAAGGGGUGGCUCGAGGGACGUGACUUGAACCAAAACCAUGUUGAACUAUUCUACUGGUUCUUGGCCAUACUCAGCAUGCUUAACUUUCUCAUCUAUCUCUUGUGUGCAAAAUGGUACAAAUACCAAAAUGGUGUUUCAUUUGAUAGGGGAAUGCUCCUCAAAGAUGCACCUCCUUGUAAUGAUGAAAAAGUGUGUACUAGCUUUGUGUCCACAUGCCAAAACAUUCACCUGAAUCAAGAUCAUCAAGAAAGCUCCCACUGA